CUCGCGGGAUAAAUCAAGGAAGAACAAGAGUGGUUCACGCCAAAGGACAGCGAGAGAAAAGUAAAGGCAAGAGUGUUGAGUGAGCGUUUUUUGGUUGCUGGUUUUUUAAAAUUUAAUCAACCCCCCCCUCUCUGUAUCACCCCGCUUCUCUGAAUCCCUUUCUGUUAAUCAUCUGUCUUUCAAGUUGUGGUUUUUGGUUUGUUUUUUGGAAGAAAGCAAUGCUUAGAAAGCAAACUUAACAAAGAUUUUAUCGAAAGCCAGGUGUUUUCAGAAUCGAGAUCCAGUUUUUUUUGUGUUUUUGUAAUCUCUAGAAAGUUUUAAUCUUUCAUUUUCUGUUGAUUUUAAGCUUUUUAAUUUUUCUUUUGUUUAGUCGAAUCAGCUUGAAGGGUUGUUUUUUUGGUCCCUCAAGGUUGGUUUUUUAGGUUCUUGAAUCUAAAGGGGUCGUCUAUUUCCAAAACCUCUUUGAUCUUUCUUUAAUUUUUAUUUCUGAAACCCAAACCUGUUCUUUGAUUUUAAACGAGAACCAGGUUCGUUUUCUCAUAGUGAUAAAAUUUAGCUUCUUGUCUAUAAAUUUUGAUUCUUUUCUUGAAGGCUCUACAAUGGAUUUCCACAGUAGUAGUCCGCUUCAAUCAGACCUCCUCGGGGGUGGUGAGUUAAUGGAAGCACUUGAACCUUUUAUGAGAAGUGCUUCCCCUUCAACUACCCUAUCUCCUUCUCAAACCUCUAACUAUCCUUCUUCUCCUUCUCCCCCCUCUACAUCAUCCAAUCGGUUUUCUUUCUCCCCACAACCACCACAGCAACAUCAACAGUCCCUUUUCAACCCAGAAGGUAGCUGCUCUACGUCGACAACCUAUCCAUUUUCAACUGAGUUGUCGUUCAACGACCCAAUGGGUCUCCAGCAACCAUCCAGUUCAAUUGGGCUUAACCACCUUACACCAACCCAGAUCCACCAGAUCCAAACCCAGAUGCACUAUAAUAACCUCUCAUAUCUUCAAGCUUACCAACAACCCCAAACCCUCAAAUUCUUAUCCCCAAAGCCGAUCCCCAUGAAACAAAUCGGUACACCACCAAAAGCCACAAAACUUUAUAGAGGAGUAAGGCAAAGGCACUGGGGCAAAUGGGUCGCUGAGAUCCGUUUGCCCAAGAACCGAACCCGACUCUGGCUUGGCACAUUCGACACAGCAGAGGAGGCAGCUUUGGCUUAUGACAGAGCAGCUUAUAAACUAAGAGGCGACUUUGCAAGACUGAACUUCCCAAACUUACUCCACCAAGGGUCCUACAUCGGCGAAUACAAGCCUCUCCAUUCCUCAGUGGAUGCGAAACUUCAAGCUAUUUGUAAAAGCUUGGAGAACACUUCGCAGCAGAAACAAGGAGGGAAAGCAAAGAGGCAAAGUAACUCGACGAAGAAGAAAGCCAACUUGGCAGUGGUGACCCAGGAGGAGGAGCAAGUGGUUGUUAAGGCUGAGACAGAGUCCCCGGCAUUGACGGAGAGUUCUGCGUCGGGUGGAUCUUCGCCUUUGUCGGAUCUUACGUUCCCGGAUGUUGAGGAAACACCGUUGGAUUUUGAAUCGGGGAAUUUUAUGUUGCAGAAGUAUCCCUCUUAUGAGAUUGAUUGGGCUUCAAUUUUAUCUUAGAUUCGUUUUGUUAUUGUCUAGUCCUAUUAUUGUUAUUUUUAGUUGCCUUUUAGAUUUAGGGAUUUGGUCGCUGCGAUGAAGUUUUUGGCAGUUGCAGCCGAAGGGCCAAGAUUAGUUUUCAAGUUUGUAGUUGGGAGAUUUAGAUUGUACCAGGUGUUAUUAAUGAUAGGUAAAUAAUGUUUGUAUCAUGUAAAUUUCCUUCCAUGGUUAGCUGGUCAUUUUAUCUCCAGCUGAGCCAUGGAUACAUUUGUAUUUUUCUUGUAUGUUGUCCAUUGUCAUUAUAUAAGAAUUUGUUGUCUUUGCCUUGA